GUGGGCCACCAGCUGAGCCCCAGCGGGCAGUACCACACGGUGCACAAGGACUCGGGGCUCUACAAGGAGCUGCUGCACAAGCUGCACCUGGCCAAGGUGGGGGACUGCAUGGGGGACUCGGGGGACAAGCCCCUGCGGCGCAACAACAGCUACACCUCCUACACCAUGGCCAUCUGCGGCAUGCCGCUGGACUCGCUCCGAGCCAAGGAGGGGGAGGAGGCAGAGAAGCUGACCUGGCCCGUGGCGGACCCCAAGAAGAGGGUCCGCAUGGACAGCUACACCAGCUACUGCAACGCGGUGGCGGACGCCCACCCGGCCGCUGAUGUGGACUUGAACACGGCGCAGGUGGAGAUGGGCGUGAGCGACCGCAAGGGCAGCGGCGGCUCCCUGGAAGAGUGGCAUGACCAGGACAAGCCCGAGGUGUCGCUCCUCUUCCAAUUCCUGCAGAUCCUCACGGCCUGCUUUGGCUCCUUUGCUCAUGGUGGCAAUGACGUCAGCAAUGCCAUCGGGCCCCUGGUUGCGCUCUACCUGGUCUAUCAGACCGGCGAUGUGGCUACCAAGGCGGCGACUCCCAUCUGGCUGCUGCUCUAUGGAGGAGCAGGGAUUUGCAUCGGCUUGUGGGUCUGGGGAAGGAGAGUCAUCCAGACCAUGGGGAAGGACCUGACUCCCAUCACACCCUCGAGCGGGUUCAGCAUCGAGCUGGCAUCGGCCCUGACGGUGGUGAUCGCCUCCAACGUCGGCCUCCCCAUCAGCACAACCCACUGCAAG